UCCCUGUAGAGUUGUGACGCUUGCUCAUUAGAUGCUCCCAGAAUGCGAUUGAUGAGGGGUCGCAGUUCAGCUUAGACGCGGCUUUCUUUGUCAGGGCUGCUUGAUAUAAGAACUGUGUCGGCCUAGUGGAUCUCGUACUCACAGCGGCGAUGAAAACUGAAAUGCCGGGUGAUGAACCAUGCUCUGCGUUGCUCGAUCUUUCAGAGUAUCGCCUGAAACAAACUGCUACAGAUAUAUGGUCUACGCGCGAACGACUGUGUUUGGCGUCAUCGGUGUUAAGAAGCGGAGACCAGAAUUGGGUGUCCGUAAGCAGAGCGAUACGGCCUUUCGGCGAGUCUAACCGACCGAACGAUUGGUUUUCCCAGAAGAAUUGUGCUCUGCAGUAUGCCGAUCUUUUGGAGAAAGUGGAGUCUCCCAAGCGCAAGCGAGGAGAUCGCGGCGAACUCGACACCCCCGGUGCCCUAAUCGUACGAAAGCUGACCCUAGAGCGCAUUGAUGAGCUAAAGAAGCUUAUCCAAGACGAACAGCAGCGACAUAAGUACGUACUUUCGUUCUCUCAGCGAGUUUCAGACAUGUCAAAUUAUGGCGCGUAGUUGGAACGCGCGUUUGUAGAGGAACAUACAGCGCACUACCCGUAACUUCUUCGCUGCUCUUGGCACCAGUAAUGUGCUAUAAUGUUGUGAUCUGUUUAAUUAGCGUUUGGUUAAUUAGACAACGUCCUGCGAGAGUGAGUAUAUGCAUAGUAUUUAUUGAACGUUGUUUCGCGUUAUCCACAUUCAUUGUUCAACGCGUUCGUGCGUGUCUGGUGUAUUGGUAGUAAUUUUGUUCAGCAAAACUAUUAAUCGAGCGUGUUUCUCAAGGUUUCAUCUUGCGGAACAGUGCACGAAGAACGCGGACAAAAAUAACGUAAAAAAAAGAAAGAAAAACGACGGUAAAAGCACUGAGUUGAGCUUGCGAGUUGGCGUUUGUCGUGGUUCCUUUUUACGUUCUUUUGUGCGCUGUUAUCCAAGAAGCAGAAGAGUGGCGACUUGGGCUAGUUUGUAGGUCAUGGUCGAGGGACAAAGUAACACACGCGGACGAGUUAGCGCU